AUGCGAGUGGUCUUGCCUGCCCAGGUUGAAGUCAAAGCCACCGUUGGAGUCAAAGCAGAAGUCAAAGGGCAAAAAUUGGUUGAGGUAUGUUUGGUAUUCUUAAUCCCUGUGGUAAUUUAGCGAUAUAAUCUUUUGGUCAGGCUUGUUAGUCGGUCGGUCGAGGCCGAACAAUUUGGGGCUUUUCCGCAUCCAGGUACUUGGUACUUGCGAAGCACAACAUAUAUAUUAAGGUACAACAAAUCAACAAAAUCCACUAGGCAUCUUUAUUACUAAAUAGUUUCGUACCACAGUAUGUGGCACUCUUCAGAUAAAUUUAGGUCAAUUUUAUCUGAAGAGUGCCACAACUCUGGCUAACGAGCAAGACGUGGGAAACCCCACCAUCUGCCCAGUUGUGAACGUAAAUUUCCACUGUGGACGGAAUUCCUCUUUCGGAUAACGAUAAAGCCAUAUAGCUAGAGGAUAAUGGCAUCCUUCGGCGUCCAGUUCCCCUCCCUUGAUCUACGUGCUUCGUAGAGUUUGGAACUUGUACACCAAUGAGAAUAUUCAAGACCUCCGGGGGAUACCACAAUCCUACUCGCCACAUAGCAGAACACAUCGGCUGGUCCUCCACCAACAGGACAGGCAUCUAGCGGUGGCACAUCAAAGAAAUUAGAUAUCGGUAAUUUGUGGCUGAUGAUUUGUGGCGCUAGAAAAUCUAGAACUGUGACAACUGAGUAGGCUUUGAACCAUUUAUCUGCUCACCUUGUUUAGAUCGGUUAGUUGUAGGACAAUACAUAAGUUUUGGGGUGAGUUUUGGGUGAGGGUGCCAAUAAACUACAAUGUAAUCAUUGGAGUUUUAGUUACAUUAAACAUCCAAAUUAGUAUUAUAAAAAUUAAGAACAAAAGUUAAAAGAAACUCCAAAAUACGUUUGUUAAAAAGCAUACUGAUAAGCAACAAAGCUUUCGAAAUGUUUCGAAGCAAAUAACAUCGGUUGUUAAAGAUAAUAUCGGAAUGAUAAAUUUAAUGUCGGAAUGUGUCCUCCAAAUUGGAGAUCAAAAGUUAAAGAAAAUUGGCAUGCUCAAUGCCAAGUCAUACUAAGUCAUUUCAUAGUGUUCCUUGUAAAGCUAAUUGUGUUAUAUAAUAUUGAUAUUUUUUUCCAGUAUUACACAGUAAAUAUGACAGCUCAAAAUCCAGUACGUACCAGAAGAAUGGUCAGAACUUUUCGAUUGACUAUGGUUCUGGAACUGGAAGUAUGUCAGGAUUCCUUAGUACAGAUGUUGUUAGGGUGCGUAGUGCAUGGUAAUUGAAGUUAGUUUGGAAAAGUCAUAAGACGUCAUGCAUGGAGAUAAACAAUCAGAUUAAAAAAAUGUCGUCAGGUUUAGAUUAAGGUCAGGGUUAGAUUAGGGUCAGAUUAAGGCUAGAUUAGGGUCAGAUUAAGGUUAGAUUAAGGUUAGAGGUUAGGGUCGGGGUUGGAUUAUGGUUCACAUUAAGGCACUAUUGGAUGGUUGAGACUUGAGAUGAUCAUCCUUGUUGGGUAUCGCCCGUGUUUUUCAAUUUAGAAAGCCUGGCUAUUACCCAUUGAGUAUAAAGUGACACGGUUGACCGCAUGUUCCUCCUUAAAACAACAGAUUAAAAGAGUUGUAUAGAAUCAUUGGCAAAAAAAACUGCAAAGUAUUUAUCGAAUUUAGUUAAAUUAUCAAAAUUACUAUUGCGGAAAGAAAAGAUAAAAUAAAAUAAAAUAAAAUAAAAUAAAAAGAAACUCCAAAAUAAUUUUCUCGCUGCCUAGCUUUACUAGCCCACUGUAUUUAUACUCUACAUAGUUUUAUUUUAUUAUGUUAUGUCAUUUUCCCGGUAUGAAUGUUGUUGUUGUUGCUGUUGUUGUUGUUGUUUCAGAAUGUUUCGAUUUCUAAAUGGAACCAAAUAACUUCGGAUGUUAAAUUUAACAUCUAGCUUAUUGCGGCCGAUUAGUCUGCGUAUUAUCAUGCAGUUAUUGGCCUCGGCUUUGCUGAUUAUUUUCGGAUAAAUCGGCUUAUCUCUUUUCGCAACCUAGUGAAUUAUUCCCCUGAAUAUAUACAAACAUUUCUCGGCGGCCUCGUGGCAUCAUAGACAUAUAUCUUCAAUUGAUCAGAUAUCUGCUUCUUUAUAGAUUGGAUCAUUGAAAGUGGAGAAUCAAACAUUUGCUGAAGCUAUAAGCGAACCUGGUGACGCUUUUGUUGCUGCUAAAUUUGACGGAAUUCUUGGCAUGGGUUAUGACAGUGUCUCUGUGGACCAUGUCACCACUGUGUUUACUAAUAUGCUUACUCAGAAGCUUGUUAAAAAACCUAUGUUUUCCUUUUACCUUAACAGGUUUGUUGUUUGUUAAGGUUUUUAAUUUUUCUGUUUUUAGCCAAGUAUCUUCAUGAAUAUUGAAUAUUUAAACCAGAUAUAUACAUUGAUAAAUUAUAUAGUAUAAAUUUACGCGAUGACUGUGCUUUUGUUUAUUUCAUCAAAUUUCGGUACUUAUUAUAUAUGCUGAAUAUCAUAUUUCAAACAUGUAAAGCUAUAUUAACAGUUUCCCCAACAUAUUGUAUUGUAUAAGUUGCAUUUGUGUGUUUUAAUCAUAUGGUUUUAAUGCACUCGCAUUAGCCAAUCAAAUUGCGUAUUAUAAGUACCUUUAGAUAAAUUGUGAUCAUUUAUCAACCUUAUUUUGAUAUAUAAUUUUGUCAUUUUUGUGCUUCGGCUUAUUUUUAAACGAUUCUUCCACCAUGUAGCUAUUGCAAAUUUGAUAAUUGUACUUUUCAUAUUUCAUCCCGUAUAAAAACGAACUACUGAAUAAUUUGUUGCUAUAAAUUCAUAAAAUGUAUCACUGCAUGGGCCUAAAUUUUGGAAUGUAUAUGUACAUGCUAAGGCUGGGAUUACACUAUACCGGAUUGAUUUUCAUACCGGAUCAAUUUUCACACCGAAGCCAAAAUCAAGGGUGUUUACACUAUGCCGCUUCGCUCUGUCGCCAGCUCGUAUCUUUUAUCGUUGCCACGGAAACAAAUAAUAAGUUUUGACCAUUUUGGACGUUUUCUCGACAGUACUUGUGAAUUAUAACUUUGUUUACAAAGCUUGACCACCCGACGUUGCUUUGUCUCGCUCUUAUCGAAAAUUGACGAGUAUUUCAUUAAAUUUUGCCCUUUUGAAAGCAAGAAGUCAGUGUUAUUACCGCUAUCUUUAUUUGUCUUCGCUAGAAAUAAUAAAUAAUUGUAAAGCGAAGCAAACAACAGCUAUAAAAUAUUUAAAAGCGAGUAAAUAAAACGACAAUGUUAAAAUAUACUUGCCGAAACCUAUUUAUAGUACCGGAGCGUACCGGAUUGCCUGAGUAGUAAAAGACCCCCAUAUAGGGACGGAAGUAAUUAGUAUGCAAACUUAGGUGUCGGAAGUAAUUAGUAUGCAAAAUAUGUGACGUAACUUUGCUGGCCCUAACCUUGGGCCAACUGUGACAGGUAGCGCGACCAAUUAACCCGGGCGAGCCUGGCCAAAUUAACCCGGACAAGCCUGGUACAACUGUGAGAGGUAGCGCGACCAAUUAACGCGGGCAGGCCUGGGCCAAAUGUGGCAGGCGAUCAAUUGGCAUCACAACUAGUUUCUGACAAAUUUGUAAUAAAACGACAAGAGGUUUCUCAUAGUUUGCAUGUAUAAAAGUAUGAAAUAGAAGUUAGUUUUUAAAACCUACCGUUAGCUCAGUUGGUAAAACAAAGGACUGUAGUUAUUACCAAAUCAGUAUUCCUUAGGUCACCGGUUCGAACCCGGUACGGUAGAAUAUUUUUUUUGCCGUUGUGAGUCCCUCUCUUAUUUUCAACACGCAAUUGAAAUUCGUUUUAAUUUUUUAAUGAAUUUGAUGGCUCGUUUUGGGCAAUAAGUUUCCAAACAGAAAUAAAAAAUAUCGCAACAGAAAUAAGCAGUUGCUAAUCCCGGGUUGUCAAAGCCGUUGUUAUGAUCGCUAUUUGCAUGUUGUUCAACAUUAUUUAGCAAACCCGCAUACAUAUAUACGGUCAAGAUGACCAAGUCAGAUAGAAUACUUGAAGGAAAUAACCUGGGGCCGGUUGUAUAAAAACGUAAUUAGCGCUAACUGUAGUUAGCGUUAAUCACUGUAGUUAAAUCCUUAACUGUAGUUAGUUAACUACAUGACUUAACUGCGUUGCAGAAAACGUAGUUAGUCGGAUAGUUAACUAAUCACGUAGUUAACUGUGCGUGGGGCUUGCGUGGGGCGUUUAAACACAAAAUUACAUAAAGUAAGCAGCGAGUAACGACCGCUGACCCACAUUUUCAACAUGAUUGUGGACUCGCAUUUUUCAAAUAGGCGGGAAUUUUAUUGAAAACAGUGAAAAAUAAACAAGGAAACAAGGAAAAACCGCCACAAAAAUCAUAAAAGAAUGCAGUUUUUCCUUGAGAUGUCUACGUUAAACCAAGGUCUAGCUGUUUGGCAAUUAUAUAUCAGUGUUUCUUGGUGUAAUGGACCAUACUUCGUCUUCGAGAAACCGUCCUGUACAAAAAUUUGUUCUGUUUUCGUAAAAACACCAAAGCGAUAGCGUUUGAAGAGUUUAUAUUGUCCGAAAACAUUCACAGGGAAGACAGCGAUUGAAAAUCUCAGGUAAGCGUUGUUUUUCAUUGUUGUUUUACUGAAAAAUGUUGUUCACUCCUAUACAAAAACGUAGGACAGUUAACUAUACCCUAAAGCAUAGUUAACUUUAACUACUUUUUAACUGCAGUUAAGGCUAACUACACUUUUAUACAACCGGCUUAACUACGUGAUUAAAGUUAACUACUUUUUAAAGCUUUUUAACUACUUUUUAACUGCAGUUAGCGCUAACUACGUUUUUAUACAACCGGCCCCUGUAGAACAAUUUAACAGUCUUAGUUGUAAUAUUUUUUGUCUAUUAUUUGUAUUAAGAAACAUGUUUUAAACUUUGCUGCGUUGUUAUGUGUUGCCAAGUGAUUAGGUGGCGUGUAGGUAAUUAAGGGAUUAGGCGAACAAAAAUUUUGCAUAACUAAAUGUAUCCCAAUGGAUAGAUAGGGAUUAUAUCCUAAGAUAUUGAUAUUCUAAGAAAAAUUAUAUCCUAAGAUACUGGAUGAUAUCCUAAGAUAUUGAUAUCUCGAGAUAUCCUAAGAUACUGAUAUCCUAAGAUACUGAUAUCCUAAGAUAUUGAUAUCCUAAGAUAAUGAUAUCCUAAGAUACUGAUAUCCUAAGAAAACUGAUAUCCUAAGAUACUGAUAUCCUAAGAUAUUGAUAUCCUAAGAUACUGAUAUCCUAAGAUACUGAUAUCCUAAGAUACUGAUAUCCUAAGAUACUGAUAUCCUAAGAUAUUGAUAUCCUAAGAUACUGAUAUCCUAAGAUACUGAUAUCCUAAGAUAUUGAUAUCCUAAGAUAUUGAUAUCCUAAGAUAUUGAUAUCCUAAGAUAUUGAUAUCCUAAGAUAAUGAUAUUCUAAGAUAAUGAUAUCCUAAGAUACUGAUAUCCUAAGAUAUUGAUAUCCUAAGAUACUGAUAUUCUAAGAUACUGAUAUCCUAAGAUACUGAUAUCCUAAGAUAUUGAUAUCCUAAGAUACUGAUGUUCUAAGAUACUGAUAUCCUAAGAUACUGAUAUCCUAAGAUACUGAUAUCCUAAGAUACUGAUAUCCUAAGAUAAUGAUAUCCUCAGAUAUUGAUAUCCUAAGAUACUGAUAUCCUAAGAUACUGAUAUCCUAAGAUAUUGACAUCCUAAGAAAAUUAUAUCCUACGAUACUGAUAUCCCAAGAUAUUGAUAUCUUAAGAUAUUGAUAUCCUAAGAUACUGAUAUCCUAAGAUACUGAUAUCCUAAGAAAAUGAUAUCCUAAGAUAUUGAUAUCCUAAGAUACUGAUAUCCUAAGAUACUGAUAUCCUAAGAUAUUGAUAUCCUAAGAUAUUGAUAUCCUAAGAUAAUGAUAUUCUAAGAUAAUGAUAUCCUAAGAUACUGAUAUCCUAAGAUAUUGAUAUCCUAAGAUACUGAUAUUCUAAGAUACUGAUAUCCUAAGAUACUGAUAUCCUAAGAUACUGAUAUCCUAAGAUACUGAUAUCCUAAGAUAAUGAUAUCCUCAGAUAUUGAUAUCCUAAGAUAUACUGAUAUCCUAAGAUACUGAUAUCCUAAGAAAAUUUUAUCCGACGAUACUGAUAUCCCAACUUGAUAUUGAUAUCUUAAGAUAUUGAUAUCCUAAGAUACUGAUAUCCUAAGUUACUGAUAUCCUAAGAAAAUGAUAUCCUAAGAUAUUGAUAUCCUAAGAUACUGAUAUCCUAAGAUACUGAUGUCCUAAGAAAAUGAUAUCCUAAGAUACUGAUAUCCUAAGAUACUGAUAUUCUAAGAUACUGAUAUCCUAAGAUAUUGAUAUCCUAAGAUAUUGAUAUCCUAAGAUACUGAUAUCCUAAGAUACUGAUAUCCUAAGAUAUUGAUAUCCUAAGAUAUUGAUAUCCUAAGAUACUGAUAUCCUAAGAUAUUGAUAUCCUAAGAUACUGAUAUUCUAAGAUAAUGAUAUUCUAAGAUAAUGAUAUCCUAAGAUACUGAUAUCCCAAGAUAUUGAUAUCUUAAGAUAUUGAUAUCCUAAGAUACUGAUAUCCUAAGAUACUGAUAUCCUAAGAAAAUGAUAUCCUAAGAUAUUGAUAUCCUAAGAUACUGAUCAGCUCCUUAGGCUCGGAGCCGAGCUUCUUAGGCUCGGAGCCGAGCUUCUUAGGCUCGGAGCCGAGCACCUUAGGCUCGGAGCCAAGCUUCUUAGGUUCGGAGCCGAGCACCUUACGCUCGGAGCCGAGCUUCUUAGGCUCGGAGCCGAGCACCUUAGGCUCGGAGCCGAGCUUCUUAGGCUCGGAGCCGAGCACCUUAGGCUCGGAGCUGGCUCCUUAG